ACUACCGUUCCAUUCGCCGCGCUGCCACGAAGAGCGCCAAUGCGUCGCCGCGUUUGCGGUAGAGUUUCUUGUUGCUCUACCUCUUCUGUGGCUGCUACCAAGUCCAGAACCCAGAGAAUCAUGGAUAGCAUAGCAGUGAGCGAUGGCGAGGCUGGAGGCGCGGGUGGUGCUUCCACAUAUCAAGCGCUCAAGCGUUUGGACGAUUUGUGGUUUCGCCUGCGGUCUAGAGCAUCAGGAACUAUUCCAGAGAUUGUCACUCGUCACGACGCUCAAUGCCCGACGGAUUCGAGAGAAGUUUCCAUGGCAUUCGACGUGGUGGUAUGUGGUGGAACGCUUGGGAUUUUCUUCGCGGCAGCACUUGCAUUGAAAGGAUUCAAGGUUGCUGUCGUGGAGAAGAACGUUUUGCGAGGGCGUGCGCAAGAGUGGAACAUUUCUAGAAAAGAGAUCCAAGAGCUUGUUGAUAUUGGAUUGAUUACUCCCGAGGAGCUGGCAAGCGUUAUAUCCGCUGAGUUCAAUCCGAAUCGUUGUGGCUUCGAUGGAGGCUCGGAGCUUUGGGUGAAGAACAUCCUCAACCUUGGAAUCUCGCCAGCUCGUUUGAUCGAAACGCUAAAGAAAAGAUUUUUGGAAGCCGGAGGAGUGAUUAUCGAGGGAACAGGAGCUUCGAAAAUUGCUGUUUACAACGAUUGUGCUAUCAUAUCACUCGAUGAUGCGCGAGUUCUUUUGUCAAGGCUUGUCCUCGAUGCCAUGGGAAACUUCUCUCCGAUUGUUCGCCAGAUACGAAGCGGUUCUCCACCGGAUGGAGUUUGCCUUGUGGUAGGGAGCUGUGCUCGUGGAUUCCAUGCCAACACUACCAGCGAUAUCAUCUACACAAAUUCUCCAUUUACAACCAUCAAGAACUCGAAAACUCAAUACUUUUGGGAGGCAUUUCCAGCAGGCUCGGGACCAAGAGAUCGCACCACGUACAUGUUUUCAUACAUGGACGCUACUCCCAGCCGUCCAUCUCUCGAAGACAUGCUUGAAGAUUACUGGGACCGAAUGCCCGAAUACCAAGCGGUGAAACUUGAGGAUCUCGAGGUCCUGCGUGUUCUCUUUGGAAUUUUUCCAACUUACAGAAGCAGUCCUUUGCCCGCAGCUUUCGACAGAGUUUUGCAAGUUGGCGACGCGAGCGGGAUCCAAUCUCCGGUUUCGUUUGGUGGUUUUGCGAGCAUAGCAAGGCACUUGCAAAGGCUUUCAAAUGGGAUUACGGAGGCUUUGGAGGCUGACAAACUUGACAAGAACAGCCUCUCGCUCUUGAAUCCUUACACGCCCAAUCUCAGUGGAGCAUGGCUGCUGCAAAAGGCCAUGUCUGUGCGGCCUGAUGCUGGUGUUUCGUCUUCGUUCAUAAACGAGCUCCUUUCAGUAACGUUCGAAAGCAUGGAGAAACUCGGUGAUCCCGUUCUUCGGCCUUUCCUCCAGGAUGUGAUACAGUUUUUUCCACUUGCUAUGACAUUGGGAUCGAUUAUGCUAACCAGGCCAAGCCUUUUGCCUCAGAUUUUUAAACAGGUGGGUUUGGCAUCCAUUGCUGACUGGAUGAUCCAUUUUGCGAGCCUUGGACUCUACACAAUGCUAUCCAGCGUGAUUGCUUCUCCAGCAUUAGUUUUAGCUACGAUGCUACCUAAAAACCAGAGCUACUUUUUAUUACGGAUUGUAGAAUCAUGGAAGUAUGGUGCGGGUUUAGAUCAUAAGAAUUAAACUCUUACCACACUACAAAAAUUAAGAAUGUUAACUAUGAAGUUUUAAAGAAUAACAUAUUGAAAUAAAAACUUUUAGUCAUCC